AUGUCGAAAAGGAGAGCCGCGAAAAGGAGUUACUGUGAAUUGACUGAUGAAGAGUCAGAUUCGAAUGAAAAUAAACAGCAUAUUUUUAUACCUAAUCCAGAUGACUCUGGCACUGAUGGAGAUUGUUCGUCAGAUACUGACAAUUCUGAAUCAGAACUAUCUGAUGAAGACAAUUCUGAAUCGGAAAUUCAUGUACCAAAUGUCUCAUAUCGAUCUGUUUUUGAAAGUUAUACAGAAAAACAAAAACUGUUAGAGCCAAAUCAUACUUUUUCGUGGUGUGAAGGAGAAAAAGUUUACUCUGUAGAUUUGAAAGAUCAAUUGUUAUUGCCUGAUUCCGUAAAGCAGAAAAUAUCUUCAAUGUCACACGUGGAACUGACCAAUAUUAAACAAUUUGGAUAUUUUUCAACUGCUCUUUCCAUUGACGAAAUGAUGAUUAGAUUUUUUGGUCGCACGUGUCUGAGGCAAUAUUUGCCUUCUAAACCUGACCGAUACGGGAUCAAACUCUGGGCCUUGUGCGGAGCAAAUGGAUAUAUAUUCAACGUUGAUAUUUAUUGUGGUAAGAACGAUACAAGCAUUGGGAUAAAUUUAUCCGCAUGUCCACUUGGCUCCAGAGUUGUAUUACAAAUGGUUAAUCCACUUCUACAUAGCUUUUCAAAAAGAAAAUUGUCUGACUAUCAUGUCUAUUUUGAUAACUAUUUCACUAGUCCUGAUUUAGUCGUUCACUUGAACAAAUGUGGCUUACAAUCUACAGGAACUGUUCGUAAAGAUAGAGUGAAACAAAAACAUGAUUUUGAAAAAAAAGCACCACGAGGAACGAACAAAGCGACUGGCGUCACUCCCUUGGAGCCAAUGGAAAGAUAUUCAAGAACUGCUAAGAAAAGAUCAAAAUUGGAAUUCCCUUGUGCUUUUCCUUCGUAUAACAAGUACAUGGGAGGAGUGGAUUUGCACGAUUUUCGAUGCAAGAAAGCUUCUCCAAGUGUCAGUUCAAAGAAGUGGCCAUUCAAAAUUUUCUCACGAAUUAUUGAAAUGUCAAUAACGAACGCUGUAACAAUAAGCAAUCUUUGCAGAAAGGAUAGAAAAAUAAUGAAAACGCAAGAAAUGUGUAAAGAAGCACGAUACUAG